AUGAAAGCAUCACCGUUCCUCGCCUUUCUCAGCACCAUCGUGCCCGCUCUUGCGGCGCCGAACGGUGUUGCUCGCCGCGCCGACCCCGGACUCAUGGCGGGCAAGUACAUCGUCCAGCUCAAGCCCGGCACCAGCCCCGACGCCGUCAACGCGCACCACAACGCCGUGCGUAGCCUCCUCCGCCGCCGCGACGGGUCCGCAGGAACCCUGGAGAAGACCUUCCAGAUCGGCGACUUCAACGCCUACAGCGGCAGUUUCGAUGACGCGACCCUCGAGGCCAUCGCGCAGCUUGAGGAGGUCCUCGCCGUCGAGCUCGACCAGGCCAUCUUCGUCGACCCGACCGAACAGGAGCAAACGCUUUACAAGCGUGCUCUGACGACGCAGGCGAACAGCAUCUGGAGUUUGGGCGAUCUGUCCCACAGCGAGGCUGGCUCGACGAACUAUGUCUACGACGCAACCGCCGGCGAGGGCACUACCGCCUACGUCUUCGACACUGGCAUCCGUCUGUCGCACUCGGAAUUCGAGGGCAGAGCCAGCUUCGGCAUCAAUGGCGUGACGGGCUCGACUGUGUCGCCCGGAUCCAACUCCGAUACGGACGGCCACGGCACCCACGUUGCGGCUACCAUCGUCGGCAAGACUUACGGUGUCGCCAAGAAGGCCAAGGUCAUCGAUGUGAAGGUGUUUGAGGGCGAUACGGGUUCCACCUCGGCGACACUCACAGGCCUCGACUGGGCCGUCAACGACAUUGUCUCCAAGGGCGCGCAGAAGAAGUCCGUUCUCAACAUGUCUCUGGGCGCCAGAGACGCCUCGGCGCUCGACAAUGCCGUCCUCGCCGCCUACAGGCAGGGCAUCCUCACCAUUGUCGCGGCGGGCAACGACGACCAGCCCGCCACCGACACCUCGCCCGCCAGACUGCCCGAGGCCUUCACCGUCGGCAUGACCCGCCCCGACCGCGGUCGCGUGAACAUCAUCGAGGGUAUCUACGGCAGCAGCUACGGCCCGGAGCUGGACGUCUUCGCGCCCGGCCAGGAUAUCAUCAGCGCCAGCCACACGUCCGACACGGGCACCGCGACCAAGACGGGCACCAGCAUGGCGGCGCCGCUCGUUGCGGGUCUGGUGUGCUACCUUCGGGGCCUGGCGGGCGAUUUCGGGACGCCGAAGGAGGUCACGGACCGGAUUCUGGAGCUUGCUCUUCCGGAUGUCGUCGGGGACCCCAAGGGUUCGCCAAACCUGCUGGUGAACAACGGCAGUGGGCAGUGA